CUUUAUCAGUAUCACCAAUAAUUAAGAAUUAGGCCUUGGCCUUUGGUUAGUGCUUUUUUUGUUGGCCUUUUCAAUUUUUUUUUUGUGUGUGCACCUAUUGGCCUUUUCAUUAAUGCUUUAAAUAUGGCCUGUGAUGAGAAAUAUCGUUUCUCUCUUCAAUCCUAACAAAUAACAAAAAUGGGUUUGGUAAUAAAAGCUCUCAAAUAUCUUCUACUCCUCUCUUUCUCCUUGAGCUUCAUCCACACUAAUGAAGUUUCAUCUGCUUCUCCCGUGAGUCCAUCCUCGUCGCCGGCAAAGAUGAGCCGGAGACUUGUGGCAGUUGAAGGCAUGGUUUAUUGCAAAUCUUGCAAGUAUUCCGGCGUCGAUACUCUCUUGGAAGCAUCUCCUGUCCAAGGAGCGACCGUAAAGCUUGCAUGCAACAACACAAGGAGAGGUGUAACAAUGGAGACAAAAACAGACAAAAACGGAUACUUCUUCAUGCUAGCUCCCAAAAAACUCACCACUUACGCUUUCCACACGUGCCGGGCUUGGCCGACGAAUCGCGGACCCAUGACUGAAACGAUGACAUGCACCGUCCCGUCACAGCUCAACAAUGGAAUUACCGGUGCUAUGCUUAAACCUUCUAAAACAAUCAACAUCGGUGAACACGACUAUGUUCUCUUCUCUGUCGGCCCCUUCGCGUUUGAGCCGGCCUGCACUCGUUGAUGACUCGAAAAUUUCGUUUUUUAUGUAUUUCGUGUGCUUGAUUUGUAAUGAUGGGUCACUAGUGAUCCAAGUGUGCUGCCUUGUUUGUUUUUGGUACGUUCCUUAACUAUGUGUGUGUGGACAUUUUAAGUUUUUUGUGUGUUUGAUAAAUUUCAUGAGUUUGUACUAGUAAAACUUUGCGUGUUGUAAUGAUUUAGUUCUGUUA